CAAAUUAAAAAGCCUAAAAAAAUUAAAAAGCUGUAUAAUACGCUUAUCGUUAUUCAUUUAACGCAUAUAUAUUUUAUAUAUAUAUUUUUUUUCUUUUUUUCUUUUUUUGUUCGACUUCUUAAAUUAUUUUGUUCUUCAUAAACCUAUAUAGUUACAGUAUAUUUUUUUUUAUUUAAGAAAUCUUAAAAAUAAUGUCGCAGGCCGGGAAAAAAAAGACAAAUGAAGUUUUUGAAGAAAUAAAUACUUCCCUAUCGAUAUCUGACUUAGCAACAUAUUAUUAUUUUAAUUGUGAUAAGUUGAUAAAACUCAUGUCAGAUCGAAAUUACGAAAGACAAAAAUCACAAGAAUUUUCAAAAAAAAAUAAAUAUGUACCUAAAACGGUUGAUUCAACAUUACGUGAAGCUUUAAGACGUCGUGGAGAAAAAUUUGAAUCAGAUAUUAAGGAUAAAUUAAAUAAUGUGGUAGAUUGUCGAAACGUUUCACCUUAUGAGGCUAAAAAUAUGUUAAUAAAAAUAGAAGUUGGUCAAACUUUAUACCAAAUGAAAUUUAUAGUACCCGAAGAAUUUUAUGAAAAAAUGGGUAUAAAAGAUAUUAAGUUAAAACCUUUUGUACCUGAUUUUAUUGAAGUUAAAGAAGAAGAUGGGGAGAAAAAAUUGAUGGUUUAUGACGCAAAGGCUUCAAAAACUGCACAAGAUACACAUCUGUUUCAAGUUGCUUCAUAUGCAUACCUUCUCAAUUUUGUAGUUCAAAAGAUUUGUGGACUUAGUAUUUCGCGUACGGGUGGAAUUUAUUUACUACCUUUCCAACUAUAUAAAUUUCGUGUGGACUCAUUGUUUUCAAAAAUAGAUGAAUUCUUUCGCAAAGAGUUACCUAAUAUUUUAAUUAAAGAAACUGUACCUUGGCAUUAUAACUUGAGAUGUAAAACUUGUGAAUUUGUAGAUGCUUGUAGAAUAGAAGCUGAAGGUUCUAUUGCGAUGAUUCCUUAUUUACCGCUUAAGAAAGCUGAGGAGUUGAAAUCUUUUAUACCAGAACGGAAAUCAGGUGAUGAUGUUGAUAUUGAAGAUUUGUCAAAUUACUUUAAUAAAUUAAAUAUUGAAGAUGAGAACGCAAAAUCCAGUGAUAAAGCCAUAAUAAACAAGAGAAUUAAACAAAUCAUUAAAUAUGAUGAAAAAUCGAAAAGUUCACCAUAUUUUAAAGCUAUAGAAACAAAAAAAGCACAGUUUAUUGGGAUUGCAACGGAAAAUUUUCCCAAAACAACAGAUCAUAACUUGUUGAUUGCGAUGUCUUUGGAUCCUUUCUUAUCACGUCCUUUUGGAUGGGCAAUAUGUCUUUAUUCUAGUGAUGGAAAAGUUAUAUCAAAUUUUAGACGUUCGGGAUCAUCUUUGAAGGAUAAUGAAUCUUUAAAAUCAUUCGUCUCUCUAAUGGAUAAGUUCGUAACUACAUUGGAAAAAAUUUUUGAAUACUUAGCAAAUCUUAAAUCUAAAGCUUGCGUCUUUAUUUUUUCUGAACAGGAAAAAAAAACUCUUCACGAUGCUUUGCUGAAAAUCAUUUCUAUGGAUGAGGAUAAUAUUUCAAGUGCAACGCAACAUAUAGCUGUGAGGUGUUUAUAUAAUUUAUUUGAUAAUUCGUCAUUUUUAUUAGCUUCAGGAAAUAAUAAUAGUGAUAAUAAUACGGAAUUUCCAAAUGAAUUACGAGAAUUUCCAAGAUUAUUUGUUUUAGAAACUGCGAUAAGAGCAAAUAUUGCAAUUCAUGUACCUGGAUUUUACCGCUUUAUUGAUAUAUGGGAACAAUUGGUGAAGCCAAAAUUAAAGGAUGAGAAACUGUUAAAUUCAUUGGAACAACAUAUUAAAGAUAUCGACUUAGAAGAUAUUUAUGCUAGAUGGGUUUCUUCGCAAAGUUCAAUAUCAGAAAUUAAUGCAGCUCAGUUACUUAAAGUUGAUUUUGGAAUUGCUGUAAUAAGUUCUUAUUAUGAACUUCUUAACGAAUCAACUAAUGAUGUUGAUUUAAAAUUGUUAUUUACUCCACCAGUUUUUACGUUUACUGAAAUUAAAGCUUUUGAAAAUAAUUAUCUGGGUAAACUAUAUUUUUUUAAACAAUUUGAAGCUAUAACUGAAUGUGCUCGUACUAGAUCCAGUAGAAUUAAUGAUUUAAUGCAAGGUGAAACUGUAUAUGGAAUUCGACUAAAAUUUAAGGAAUUUACUAAUAUGAAAAAAGAUGUUGCGAAAUUUGUUAUUUUAAGUAACCAAAAAGAAGUUAGUGUAUUAGAACCUAAUAGUACUUUUAAAGAUUUUAUCGUGGUUAAAGAUAAUCCGGAGGACGUCCUAAAAGCAAUCCAUUUUCCAGAUAUGAAAUAUCGAGAUAAAUAUUCGUAUCCUUUAUCGGUAGUAUGUAUUAAGGAAGUUGAAAAUCAAGAUCCACAAACACAGAUAAUUUAUUUAAAGGGAUCCUUUAUGGAGGAGCUUAUUGAAAAUGAAACCUAUCGCCUUUAUAAACGUUAUUUUAACUUCAAUCUCGAUAAAAUAUUAACAAUUCUAACUGAGAUAGAUGAACAAGAUGAUAAUAAGUCGAUAUUUUUGAAUCUUUUAAAAGAUCCUAAUGCAUGGGGUUCUUCCUUAAUUGAAGAACAUUUUGGAGAAGUGGAAAAUACAGCUUUGAAGCUACAAGAUUCUUUUUCAAUGUCUCCAUCACAAAAAGAAAUCUCGGAUAAAUUAUUACUAGGAAGAAGACUUCAAAUUAUAUGGGGACCACCAGGUUCCGGUAAAACACAUUUCCUUGCAUUGUUUACCACGUGGUACUUGAGUACUGUUAAGACGAGUAAUUAUAUAGUUGGUGUAACAGCUUUUACUAGAGCUGCUAUUGAAAAUUUAUUGGAUAGAAUUUCAACUGUACAAAAAAAACAUCACAAAAUAAAUGAUUUUUCUAUCAUUUAUUUAGUGAAUGAUUUGAACAAGCCUUCAACUGGAACAAAAUAUAAAGUAGAAGACUUACCCAAUAUUAAUGAUAUCGGAAUUCCUGGAAAACCAAUUGUAAUCGGAGGUACAGUUUGGGACUGGUUUAAAGUAAGAAAGAAAUGGAAAUCUGAUUGGGCCGGAUGUGACAUAAUGAUAAUUGAUGAGGGUUCUCAGUUAUUAGUUUCAGAUGCUAGCAUUCCUAUUGAAUGUAUAAAUCCGUAUACAGGAAAACUGAUUGUUGCUGGAGAUCAUAAGCAACUUGGUCCUAUUAUUCAAAAUACAUAUCCCGUAUUUCCUCCUGAUCAUCCUCUCAUAUUUGGAUCUAUUCAACAAUGUUUAAUGCGUAAAAGUGAUGGUUCCGUUUUUAAUGAGAAAGCUUUCUUUUUGAAAAAAGGGCAGAAGCAUGACUUUGGACCUCUUACUCUUCAACUCAGAGAAAAUUGGAGAAUGAAUGAUGAAUUAAAUGGGUUCUUCCAAAAGAUUUAUAGUGAUGAUUAUAUUUCAAAAAAUCCAAAUCUGAAGCUAGCUUUUGAUAAUUCAAAAUUAGAUCAUAUUAAAAAUCCGUUAAUUCAAAGAAUUUUAUCUCCAGAUCCAGCAAUUACAUUAGUAAAACUUUCUCUAGAUAAAAAUAUUGAUUCAGCAUCUAGUUUAUUAUCUACUAAAUUCUUACAAAUCGAAGCUGACGCUGUAGCGAAAAUAGCUUCAGAAUUUUGUGAUACAUUAAAAAUAUCACAAGGAGAAAUGAAGAAACCAUCCUUAUUUAUAGUAGCACCAUAUCAUCGACAACGUCGUGCGAUUCAAUCACGUCUAGUAAAAUAUUUAAAUGAUCAAUUUAUUAAUUUACAAAUUAAUACAAUAGAAAAAAUGCAAGGACAAGAAGCAGACCUUGUUAUAUCUUGUUUUGGAUUUAUAAGUUUAAGUGAAAUUCCACAAGAAACGGAAUUUUUAUUUAAUAUAAAUAGAUGGAAUGUAGCUAUAAGUAGAGCAAGAUGUAAAGUAAUAAUUGUUACUACUAAUGAAAUGUUACAUCAUAAAAAUAUAGAAAUAUUUGCUAAUGAGAAAACAAAAAAAGGAUGGGCAUUUCUUAGUAUGAUAGAAAAAUGGGUACAAGAUAAAUAUAACGAAGUUGAUGAAGAGGAAAGAAUGAAGAAUAAAAAUAUUAUUGAAUGGUUGUGAGGUUUUAAUGAUAGUGAUAGUAUUACUAUUUCUAAGAAAAGUCAAAAGAACCAAGAGAGUUUAGAGAGUCAAGGAAGUUAAGGAAGUCAAAAAAUUUAUAGUUAAAUAAUUAAUGAUAUUUUACCAAGAUAUAUUUGUCGUGCCUCAGGUGUCAAUUUGCGUCGGAUGAUAACUGACGUGCGGUCAAAUGUAAAUUGAUGCCUGACGAGUCCUGACGUACAUCACCUGUAUUACUAAACACUUUCUUUUAUUAAUGAAAUUACUUUUUAUUAUAUAAAUAAAAUAUAAUUUAUACAUAUUAUGAAAAUUUUAU